AUGGAAACAGAGAGCACUGCAGAUCUCUGCUUUCCACAUCUCUCCAACAUUUCCUGCAGGAAACCUGUAUCUUCUUGGCCUGAACUUGUGCUCCUUCGUGUUGUGCUGUUGUCCAUCUCUCUGCUCACUGUGACUCUCAACCUGCUCAUCAUCAUCUCAGUCUCCCAUUUCAGGCGGCUCCACACUCCCACUAAUGUCCUCCUCCUCUCACUGGCUGUCUCAGAUUUUCUCGUCGGGCUCUUGUUGAUGCCAGGGGAAAUCUUAUUAACAACCACAUGUUGGUCACUUGGUGAUGUCUCAUGUUCUUUAUAUUUCUUCAUGCUUUUCACUAUCACUUGUGCCUCAAUAGGACACAUGGUGCUCAUAUCAGUCGACCGCUAUGUGGCCAUCUGUUACCCUCUGCAUUACCCAAGCAGAGUGACAGAUAAACGAGUUAAAAUGUGUGUUUGUCUGUAUUGGCUCUGUUCUCUUCUCUAUGGUGGUCUUACUGUAAAGGAUGACCUUGCUCAACCGGGCAGGUACAGUUCGUGUUACGGUGAAUGUGUGAUCAUGUUUGACUACAUCACAGGAACUGUUGACCUUGUGGUAAGCUUUAUUGCUCCCAUUACUACCAUCAUAGUUCUGUACAUGAGAGUUUUUGUGGUGGCUGCGUCUCAGGCCCGUGUCAUGCGCUCUAACUUUAUAACCGUCACCCUCCAGCAAUCAGGUACUGUGACUGUGAGGAAAUCUGAGCUGAAAGCAGCCAGGACUCUUGGUGUUCUAACAGUUGUGUUUCUACUUUGUUUCUGCCCUUAUUACUGUGUCUCUCUUGCAGGGAACAACAUCUCCAAUAGCUCUGCUGUAUAUUUGGCAUAUUAUUUGUUCUAUUUUAACUCAUGUGUAAACCCUGUGAUCUAUGCUAUGUUCUACCCCUGGUUUAGAAAAGCAGUAAAGCUGAUUGUCACUCUUCACAUAUUGCAGCCAGGCUCCUCUGAGGCCAACAUACUGUAG